AGGAAAACAAAAUGGCGGUCAUUUUGGAAGAGAUGGCUACUAUUAAUGAAGACUAUCUAGAGUGUUUUAUUUGCGACAGAAGACUAAAAGAGCCAUAUAUAAAGUGCCACGAAUGCCGUCCACGAGUCAGUGUUUGUUGUCAGUGUUUUUCUCAGGGAGGUGAGUCAGGGCAGCAUUCAAGUGACCACAACUAUGAGAUAAUUAGCAAUAGUAUCUGCAUACUGGAAGAAUCAUGGUCUGCACAGGAAGAGCUGGCUUUACUGGAUGCUUUGGGAGACUGUGGAAUGGGAAAUUGGGCAGAAGUUUCCAAGCAAAUUCAAACCAAAACUAAGGAAGAGUGUGAGAGUCAUUACGAGCAGYAUUAUAUCAAAGAAGGAGCUUUUUAUGGCAUGCCAGAUUUAAGGUCAAACACGGACCCUUUAUAUCGAUCAAGAUCAACAUGCCCUAUUGCAUUCAAAGCAUCUGAAGAUCCACCUCGUCCACCCAUGGACUCAGUGAGAAGUGUGGAGUURGCUGGCUAUUCACCUUGUAGAGGAGACUUUGUGAUAGAAUAUGAUGAUUAUGCAGAAUUUGAUAUUAAAGACAUUUCAUUUGAUACAAGUGACUCCCAGCUUCUACAUGAACUCAAGUUAGCAGCGGUCAAAGUCUUCUUCACCAGACUAAGACAAAGAUGGUACAGAAAAAAGAUUGUUCGCAGAUAUGGAUUAAUCAAUGUUAGGAAAUGGCAAAUGCUAGAAAGACGACAGACAAAGUAUGAAAGGGAAUUGAGAGAAAGUAUGAGACCUUUUGCUAGACUUCAGACUCCAGAGGAACAUGAAAAACUGUUACAAGGAAUCCAAAUGGAAAAUUUCUUGAAACAAGAAAUAUUAUCACUUCAAGAAUACAGAAUGGCAGGAAUUCAAACAAAAAGAGGUGCUCUCAUAUUUGAAAAGUUAAAAAAGAACCACGAAGAGCAAGGAAAAAGGAAGAUACUGGAUGAUAUCCUGAUACACAUAAGGGACCAGAGAGCUUGUCAGACAUGGCUCCAAAGACAAGCUUUAAUAGAAAGYGGCAAAUCCCUUGCACCAAUUCCGCUACCAAAUCUUGGUCGUAAACAAGCUGCAAGACUUGAUCUUACAGGAACACCAGGAUUAGAACAGCUAUCCCCAGACGAGAGAGAGUUAUGUAGCACCCUCCGUCUCCUUCCCCUUGAUUACAUUGGUUACAAGAAGACAGUCAUCAAAGAGAACGAAAAAUACGGCGAACUACGCCUCGCUCAGGCCAGGGCACUGAUACGAAUCGACGUCAACAAAACGAGAAAAAUGUACAAUUUCUUUCUCGAUGAAGGAUGGAUUUCCAAGCCGCAAGAUUAAGGAAUAAAAUCUAUCUUUAUUAUCA